CACACACACACACACACACACGCACAAACACACAUACAAACCUACACACAGAAUAAAAAGCAGAGGUACGCAGAGUUUCUCUCAGAAGUCUCAUUGCUGGCAUCGCAUGUGUGCUUGACGGAGACGUCACAUCAUCAGCAGCCGAUAUUCUGAGCCGGGGAAACUGAUGAAGGAUGUUUGUUUGUCACCGACCAAUCACACUCCUGCUGCUCCGCCUGUUUGGCUCAGUUGCCUCACUCGCCAUUCAUACACCUGCUCCACCUCUUCCUUCACAAAUCUUCCCCGCCUCAACCUUUCCAUCAAAUGUUCCAUCCUUCCCCGCCUCUCCUGGCGUCCCACCCUCCGUCCCUCCCUUCAGCAGCAGCACCACGGAGUCGACAACAAGAGCCCGCUGCCCUCUGACGACGUCACCCUCCUCUGUGGUGGUCAGGUUUGAAGAUCCAGUCACAGUCAACUGCUCUGUACCAGAGACGGGUUUCUCUCUCCUGGGAUGGGAAGUCUCACUGGAAGCUCCUCAGCCCACGAUGAAUCGUUUCCUGGUCUGGAGUGUGAACAGUGUGACUGACUGGAAAAUCAACUCCACGUGCUAUGCACUGUCUGAUCACGGGGGGCAGUGCUCCAUCAAACUACCCAUAAUAGUCUACAAGCCUCCCGACAACGUGUCCAUCAGCCUUGGUAAUCACUGCGGCCCGAUGCUCGAGGCUCAUCGGUACACUCUUCACUGUGAGGUGCAGCGCGUCGCUCCGGUCGGACGCCUCACUGUCACGUUCUACAAGGGACAGACGGCACUACGUCAACUACGCUCCAACAACACAGAGAAGGAACCAGUGACUGAGGUCUUCACCGUGGACAUUGUCCCCAGCAAGGAAGACGAUGGAGUCCAAUACUGGUGUGAAGCCACGCUGGAACUGGGACCUGAAGGGCCACGGCGUCCCCCUGUGAUGAUGUCACAAAAACUCAAUGCAUCAGUGCACUUUGGCCCACAGCUCAUUUGCCCUGGAAAGCUGCAGGUGAGAGAGGGAGAGCGUCUCCUCUGCGACGUGACGGGAAACCCUCAGCCAUCAGUCAUCUGGUACAGAGAUGGACAGGCGGUUGCUCUGCCCACUCACUCCAGCAGAAACCAUGCUGGGAAAUACAUAGUGUGGACAAAAGGACAUCUGGGACAGAAAAACUUUACAGUGGAGGUGGAAGUCCUUGGCAGUUUUGGAACAUCCAACAGCUGUAAUAGAUGUUUCCUUUCAGCCGUCCUCGUUAUUCAGAUGAUCACCUGGCUGUGAAACCUGUGCGAUCUGUCCUUUCAUGCUGUUUGGAUGAACUGUUUGCCGAAGAGGAAACCUCGUCUCUCGACCCCCACCC